AUGGAUUCAUUCGACAUGAUUCCACUUGCGAGGAGCCGAGCAAGCCCACGGUUUGAACUGCAGAGGGCGCCUAGCAAGAUUGGUGAAUGGGAAAAUGCUUAUUUCUGUAACCAUGGGGCGUUCCAGGCCGUGAAGCGAAUGCACAUGUUGCGUACACAGCAGGGAGGACUACUAGUGGCCGAAGGACUGUUUUACCUGGUUUACAAGCCCGUCCCCAGUUGGGUGGCAGAAGAAGCUCCAGAGUCCAGGACCUCGUCUGUCUCGUCUCUCGUUGAGCGCAGGAUUACGAUUUCGAGGCAGCCAGGCGACAAUGACGCAGCUGGCCACCCCCGUCCUUGUCGUCGUGUGUCGUGUGUCGUGUUUGUGGGAGGGUGGCCGGUGAAGGAUUCGUUCGGAGCGAUGAUGAAACAGCGCGGACUGCUUGGAGGCUCGCGUGUGGCGCUGGGUACCCGUUUUCAGCGGCGGUCUUGUCGGAGUACAACACAGAUACCCAGUGUAUCUAUGUACCUAGCCAGGUCGCAUAGCAGGGGAGCAGUGGGGAAUACACGGUGUACACAUUCACUGCUUUGCUCGCCCCAGUCACUCUUUCUUAGCUCACAUUCACUUCACCCCAUCUUCUCUUCUUUACGCCCCGACCGCGUUCCCAGUGUCUCGCUUCCCCGCCGGCUCUUCCAAUCUGAUCCCCCUGGUCGUGGAUAUUCGAACCUUGGACCGAUCGCUGCUGGCCAAUUCACCCGCUUUUUGGCUGCAUUAAACAUUAACGUUCCGAAUUGGGCCACCGUGGACAUUAUCAACAACCACCUGCGACGUCAACUGCGCCUGCAUUACGCCUGCACCCCCCAGCCCCCAGGACCCGUAUUCAGACCCAGUUGCGCCAGGGUACCCUCCACCUCCCAAUCUAUCAGUGAAAGCAGGUCACGGCCCAUGAUCAUUGCCUUCGAAGAGAACGCCCUCAAGACCAAUCUGGACCCAAGUCCCGCCCUAGAGAUUCCGCCAUACCAAACCCGGUUACCCCCCAAGGACUUCAGAGAAUCCCAGAGACUGUACCCUCCGCGGCACCCAGGUCGAUCUCAGUCGUCUACCCUUUGGACUACUGUCAACCCACCUUCAUCACACUCAUCCACAACCAUGUCUGUUGAUCAAGUUCUGGGAGGACUUGCCAAGCGUGCAGGAGGAGGCCAUCCUCCCGAGGAUCCCACCGCCGGCUUGGAGAAUGUCAAUGUCCAGCACUACCUAGGAUACAUCUGGUGGAUCAUUGUUGCCAUCUUCUUCCUCUAUCAGGUGGUCCUCUACUUCGCCCGCUAUAUCCGUACAGUCACCUGUCUCAACAACGACACACAGAGAUACUUCGCCAUUCCCAAUGCGACAUAUGCUAGCUUCAAGAAACACUGGCUGGAUGCACCACUCUUCCGCACCCGUCACCACCGAGAGUUCAAACUUUCCUCAGCCAUCGGUAUUGCUUCUCGGCAGGCGCAGGCGAGCUGUUGA